AGCAGCAGUGCAGUGCAGCGCCCAGGGCGGAGUAUGAGUCCACCUAGACUGCGACAUCAUUUCGAGCUCAAAACAAACCCAAAAUCAUGCUCACCCAGUGCAGGAUAACGAGUUGGUUUUGACCGAACUGCCUGUUCUGGAGCGCAGAGCGGUUCAUCCAGCCCAGCAGCCUCUUAUGGCGGGACUGUCGUACUUGGUGCUGCGAUUUUCGGGCUCCGCUGGCCGGACCUACGGGCUGUUCUCUAAGGGACUAACGAGGACUCUGCUCAUAUUUUUCGAUCUCGCGUGGAGACUCCGAAUCCGAUUCCCGUAUCUCUACCUCAUCGCCUCCAUGAUGUUCAAUGUGCGCUUGCAGGUUCAUAUUGAGAUACAUUAAUAUUCACCCAUGAACUUCCAUCAGCUGAAGGCCCAACCUCCUGAGACGGAAUGGCCAUUUACCGCAGCUUCAGAAGUCGUCCAAGGUGAAAAGAUUAUGCAAUACUGGGAGAAAUAUGGACACAAAUGUGAAGACAGGGCUGCCAUCUCAGCCACUCUGUACUCAAGCAGGCCUGUAUUCAGAAAAGGCCUUAGUCACUCCAGUAAGGACAAGAGCCCUGUGGGAACAUACAGCUAGGCAUCUCUCACAGUGUCCCACUGCUGCUUGCUGUGACUUUGCCAGCCUUUAGUGGACCAGGCAUAGUAGCCAAAGGUGAUGGAAGGAAUUUUCAGGGUGUUUUUAAAAAUCCUGUUCGCCUAGAGUCAUUUGGAAGCUCUGCUUAUUUGUAACUGCAGUAGUGACCACCUAGAGCCUUGAUAUUUAUAGAAUUUAUACAAUUUUAAAGGGAUGGGUUCUUAGGCAUUUUUAAUAGCAUCUGUACAGCUUUGAGAGGUUUAUCAGUGUUGAGAUAUGACACAUUUACACUAUAUGGUCAAAAGUAUGUGGACACCUAAUUAUUGAGUUUAGAUGUUUUUGCCACACCUAUUGAUAACUGGUAGAAAAAACCAAGCACACAGCCAUGCAGUCUGCCAUAGACAAACAUGAGCAGUAGAAUGGGUCUGCCAUGAUCAAUUGUAAGUGCUGUUAUUCUGAAAUGGAAGCAUCUAGGAGCAGCAACAGCUCAGCCACAAAGUGGUAGACCAUGCAAACUCACAGAGUGGGGCUGUUGAGUGUUGAAGAAUGUAGAGUGCAAAAAUCUUCUGUUAUAUCACUCAUGCACAGUUUCAAACUGUCUCAUCCAGCAUCACUGGCUGACACAAAUCUACACAAAGUCUCACAGACGCACUCCAAAAUCCUGUGGAAAGUCUUCUCACUAGAGUGGAGGCUGUUAUAGCAGCAAAAUGGGGGUCAACUCAAUAUUAAUGCCCAUGGUUUUGGAACGGGAUGUCCAACAAAAUCCUAAAAGUGUUAUGGUCAGGUGUCCACACAGGGAGUUUUAUCGUUUUUGGUCAUAUAGCAGUUGACUAAUCUCACACGUUCAUUGUAUGUAAACUAAUGAUGAUGGCUAUAUUAUGUCUCCCCUUAUGGAACCUGUCAUGGGAUGUGGUUUCUUUUAUUUAUUUCGUGAUUCAGCAUUCUAUUAAAUUGCAUGUGUAAGAUAACAUGGGUGGGAUUUCAUUUUCCUUUUGUCAUCACACCUGGUAUUUCUCCUGGGGAUUUAUGAAGUAGCAGCUUUUUGCCUACAUUGAAAUAGCCUAAAGCUUAUAAUGUGUAAACAGAAGUGCAUAUUGUUACUAAAGGAUGUUACUACAUUUUAGAACUGUGAAAUCUGGUACACAAAUGUGCAAGGUGAUGGUUUUCAUUGUUGACACAGGUUCAGCCAAUUUGGUGAAAGUCUUGUGAUGGGUGGUGUGACACCAAAAAUCACAAUCACCGCAUGCUCAUCAUGGGAGAAAGUAGUGUUGUAAUGUUUAUUUAAUUUUAUUUGUUUAAAGAGUUCCUCUGAACAGAAAUCCUGCCAUGUUAUCUCUGGCUACAUCUCAAAUGGCUCCUUACUGGAUAUAUAGAGCACCACUGUUUCAUACACUGUCUGAAACUAUAUGGGGAGUAGGGAGCCAUUUGAGAUUCAGUACUGCUUUUCUUUAAAUUUCAUCUCGUCUGCAUAAAUCACCUAAUAUACAGCAGCACAGUGGACAUUGUUACUUUAAAAACUAAAGUGAUUUAUGUAUGAUUUUAUGUAUGGUAGUUGUUUUUGUCAGUAAUGAAUGUGCAUUAUUUUAAAUGUGCAGACUUGUUUGAAUAAGGAAGAUAUGUAAUCUAAUUUAAUUUGAACUUUGAAACAAUAAAUUAUUGUUUCUUAA